AUGGGUGACACCACUCCUACAUAUAAAUGUGUUUUGAUAGGUGAUGGAGGAACCGGAAAAACCACUUUUAUUAAAAGGCAUAUAGCAGGUGAAUUUGAAAAGAAGGUUAUUGCAACAGCAGGUGCCGUAGUUUAUCCAAUUGUCUUCAAAACUACAAGAGGCCCUAUAAGAUUCCACGUUUGGGAUACUUGUGGCCAAGAAAAGUAUGGUGGUGUCAAACAGGAUUUUUUUGAAAAAGGUGAUUGCGCCAUUCUAUUUUUCGAUUUGACAUCUAAAAUAACCUACAAGAACAUCAUGAAGUGGAACACCGAAAUACUGCGAUUUUGCCCGUGCAUUCCUACUGUUUUGUGCGGCAAUAAGGCUGAUUUGAAAGAGAGGAAAAUGAAAGCUAAAAGUGUUAUGAAUCAUAAACAAAGAAAUAUGCAGUAUUUCGAAAUAUCAGCGCGGUCGAAUUACAAUUUUGAAAAGCCGUUUCUUUGGCUGGCUCGAUUAUUAUUUGGAGACGCUAGCCUGGUAUUUUUAUCAUCUGCGAUUUUAGCACCUCCUGAUUUUUCGAUGGACAUCCAUUGGAGACAAAAGAUUGAAGCUGAUUUGUUGCAAGCACGAGCUUUGGUGGUACACACAUUGUUCUACGUGUUCUUCUUCUUUGCCAUGAAGGCGUUGUGCGUCUAUCUUUUAGGAACUUUAGGUUUAGAAAUUUCUGAUUGGCUGCUUUUUGGAUUAGCUGGAAUUUUGACUUUGGCUUAUCAUGAACUCUGA